AUGGCUCUUGUCCCUUCAUGUAGUGGGAUAUAUUUUCCCGAACCGCCAAUGGAUAAUAUCCUCACACUCGCGUGGAAGAACAAAGAGGGUGAUGUACCGGGUCCGUACAGUUGUGUUGUGUACAAAGUAAAGUGCUCUGCACCGCAGUUAUUUUAUGUGAUUCCCCGCUAUGGGGCUCUACUUGUCUCGGAUGGGUCUGGGAAGUCUUUGAGACCCUGCGCUGUUAACAUUACGUUUGGCCUUCGCCCUACGACCGGAGAUGCGCCGAGUGAGGUGACCAUGUCUACACUCCCACCCCAGCGGCGUCCAUCGACCUCUGUGGCUCUCAGUGCCGGCAGCCACCAAGAGCGGUUUGCGAUUGAGUAUUUCCUCAUCUCCGGUGAUCGCCCAACGUACGAACGACUCGCGCAGGUACUUGCCGCAGAAAGUGGACUAACAGAAGUGGUGCGGGAUGUAUGGGAGCACAUCUCAUCAACGGCACCGCGUACCACCCCCAUCAAUCUCAAGGUGUUCAUGUCGGGGGUUACAAUGGACAACAGCAAGGCCGACAGCGGCAUGAUAGUAGUGCCACCAGAGGCAAAACUCACACGUCCAUCAUUGCAUGAACAUAUGAUGCGGCGUGCCUCCGGGUCAUCACACACACGCGAUAACAAUGCAAGUCACUCCGUUCCACGUGUAUCAGAGCGGAGUAAAAGUGGUGGGGCUAGCGAGUUACGUGCACUAAAGUUAGGCAUAGACGCCUUGCGUCAUGAAUAUACUACACCCGGUGCGACAAGUGCACGUGUUCCUGACAUGUCAGGAGCAGUGGGAAUGACGUCAGCAUCUUCUAAUAAUGUGAUCACCUGCAACAGUAAUGGAAACGGUUUAUAUCCACCCCCAGGAGAUACUGGGGCAGAUAUGAUUAUGCGCAUCCCAGAAGGGAAUAAUGACUUUAUUAAACAGAAAAAAGACGGUUUACCCCUCAUUUAUGUGCUUGCAGCAAUGUUCGGCACGUAUGUGAUAUCUAUGUUGUUUUGGCGCAGAGGCAGUGACAACCACAAUAGUAUUAGUGUCGGCCAAAUCUAA